AUGAUUCGUUCUAUUCGAUCAAACAAUUUAUUAUUCGCUUGCAGAGCCAUUUUAAACUUAAAUUUUGCCCAAAAUUUUAAUCAAAAUCAAUUAUUUAUUGCAAAGAAUUAUGGAACCAAGUCUCAUCACUCGUCAAAAUCAAAACAAAAAAUGAAUGCUCCAAGAGAGAUUGACGACGUGGAAGAAGUAGUCAAAGAGGGAAAACUUUCAACUAUUGGACUGGCACAAAAGGCAAAUAAAGAACUGAAGGAUUGCUAUCAACUUUUACAAGACAAUAUUUCAAAGCAUCUGACUCUUGAAGUGAAUUUGAAGACAUAUGAAGAUAUUCCUGUUACUUUGCAAAAUGGGGAGACCCACAAACUCUUCAAAUUUGCUCGAAUUACUAUGCGCAAUCCAACAACAAUUGCCAUUAAUUUUGUCGAUAAUUUGGAAGCUAUGAAAUCGGCAAGAACUGCACUUCAAUCAACUGUUGGCCAGAAUGUGAAUAUCCAAGCAGAUGGAUUUAUGCUGUAUGUACCGGUGCCAAAAAUUACUAGAGAACGCCGUGAGGAGAUUGCUAACAAAGUUGGAGCUGCUUUAAUUAAAGAAUACAAACUGGCGUUACAACAGAUUUACAGCAAAUACAGCAGGCUCAUUACUGACUCAACAAAAAAAGAAGACUUGCCUAUUCGAUUAAACAACGGCUUACUGGCAGAAAUGCGUAAACUCUCUCAAGAAGGCGAAAAACGAUGUAAAGAAAGGUCAAAGGCUUUGCUCAGUGAAGUUUUAUAA